UUCUGCUGUGUGAGUAAAAUUGCAGUGCUUUAUUUUAUGCUAAAAGCAGUAUAUCUUGUAACACUCAAAACACUAAUAAGGGUUUCUGUAGUAUAUAUGCAUUUUAUCUGGUAGAACUAGUCUGUAGGAAAGGACCUUCCAGAUAAAUUUCCAGACUUUGAAAUAAAUGGAUAAAACUUUGAAAUUCAUUACUUGCACUUAGUUCUGUAACAGACUGAACUAGGAUAUCCCAUCCAAAUGAAAUUUCAACUUUUUAUGUGACAUCAGGUUUACUACUGAGUUGCAAAAUUUGUUUUCAAGAAAGAACCAUGUGUGAUACGGGUGGUGUUCUCUGUGCGAGUUCUGGGACAUUGAGAUCCUGAAAUUCCAAAUCUCCAAGACCAAGUAAGACAAACCACUUCCCCAAAUCCUUUAUGCUGCUUCCUGGUGACAGCUGAAGCCAUACCCGGGACCUUGCUGCAUGCUCUCAUCCCUUUUGGAACCACUCUCAGCAAAAGGAAAAAAAAGGAAGAACAAGAAGUUCUUUGAUAUGAAAAAGUCAAGUGCUGUGACCUUGCAACUGUUCAUAAUGCAUGGGUAGCAGAGAUGCUUAAAUGAUCACUUGUGUGAAGACAGACAUAGUUAUUUUUUUCCUCAAGGGUAUGACACAGUGAAACAUAUCACCAAUCAAGGAAGAAGACAAACUCUUGAUAAACACUCAGAUCUUGAGAACCACAUUAUAUUCUCUAAAGUAGCAUCUAUUGUUUUGAAUAUAGGAGAGUAGUGAGUCAGGAGUCUACAAAAUAAGUGAAAUUAGGCAAAAAUGGCCUGUGAAUUUAAUCUAAACUUCCUUAAGGAAUUGGAGCGAGAGGCUGUUCUAGAAGUCCUGUACCGUGACCAGAUGGUGAGAAAAACAGAGGAAGAAAGAGUAAGGAAACUGAAAAUGCAGCUGCAGCAGCUUCGAUGGAAAGGGGCAAGAAAUAUAAGCCAUGAGUACCAGGAGAGAUCUUGUGCCCGCUGUCAGAAAUCCCUUGGGUUGUUGAUGAACAGAGGUGCAGUAUGCAACGGGUGUAGUCAUCGAGUGUGCUCUGAAUGCCGUGUCUGCCUGAACCCCUGCAUCUGGAAAUGCACCGUUUGUUAUGCUCAUGGAGAUGUGAAAGUAAAGGCUGGUGAAUGGUUUUUUGAGGAAAGAGCAAAGAAAUACCCAGAUGAAGGCAGACAUGAAACAGCUGGUGCAAAGCUCUUGAAAUCUUAUCAGAAACUGAGUAAAAUUUCUGUUGUACCUCCAACUCCACCUCCUUUCACUGAAUCCUCUGCAGGAAGUAACACGAAGGAUCUCAGACAGUCUAAAAGUUUUAAUAAAUCUGUGGAAAACUUGUUCUUGUCUCUCACAACGCAUAUAAAAAAAAUCUCUAAGUCCCAGAAUGAUAUGGCUGACAGGAGUCUCCUAACAACAGAUUAUGGGCAGAACGCGGAAAGAAGGAGGCAAAGGAGGAGCCAGUCUGAUACUGCCAUCAACAUUACAAGCAGGAUAAAAAGUACACCCAGUCUUCAACAGCUCAUCACUGGAGCCCAAAAUGAUAAUGAAAUUCUUACCAAAAGGAGUUGCAAGCAAGAAGAAGACAUAACAACCAGUCCCACAAGUGAUGCAGUUUUCUGUGAUGGCAGGAAGCAUGGGAGUUUGUAUAGUCUUAAUAGCACUUGCACUGAAUCUGGCAACUUUGGCAAAGCUGACAUCACAGGAGAAAUAGAGUUUGCUGUAAGAUACAUCUUCAAGGCUCGCAUCUUAGAAAUUUGCAUCAAGGGAUGCAAGAAUCUGGCUUAUGGAGAAGAAAAGAAGAAAAAAUGUAACCCCUAUGUCAAGAUUUAUUUACUUCCUGAUAAAUCUCCUCGGAGUAAGCGGAAGACAGCUGUCAAAAAGAACACAGUGGAUCCAGAAUUUGAUGAGACUUUGAAGUACAAGAUUGAACACUCCCAGCUGGCAAGUCGGCAGCUUCAGAUCUCUGUGUGGCACGCAGGAGCUCUGAAGUACAGGGUGUUUUUGGGGGAAGUGGUGAUUCCAUUGGCCACGUGGAAUUUUGAAGAUAACUCGAUGGAGUCAUUCAACUGGUACCAGCUAAAAUCCAAGAUCGAAAAGCCUGAAUAUAAUCUUAUCCAGUACAGCGGAGAACUCCUGGUGUCUGCAAGACUGUCGGUACCAGCCCAGUAUAAAAACGUCCAGUUUGAAGGGUGGAUGAGAGAAGGAAAAAAAGACCAAGGAGUUCCCAACUGCCAGCUCCAGGUUAUGAUAUUUGGGGCCAAGAACUUGCCUGUGCUGAGACCUGCUGGAAUGCUGAACUCAUUCGUUAAAGGCUGCCUUAUCCUUCCAGACCAAGCAGAGUUAAAGCAGAAGUCACCUGUCCUGAAGAAAGAAGACUGCCCUCAGUGGAAACAUUUGUUUGUCUUUGAUGAUGUUACCCCAGCACAGCUACAGCAGUCAUGUCUGCAUUUGACUGUCUGGGACCAGUCAUCUUUUGGCUCACACGAUCAGUUCCUAGGGGGAGCCAAGCUUGGUGCAAAGGAAUCGUUUGGAUUUACGGACCCUGUUUCUCAGCCAGCACUUAACUGGCAGGAAGUGCUCUGCAGGCCAAACACGUGGAUGGACUUCACACUUGUACUGCAUUCAAAUAUGGAAAACUUUAAAUCGUGAGAAAUUGCUGCACAACUUUUCCUUCCCCCGUGUGCUGUUUUAACUUCGAAUGGCACAUGCCAGGUCUGGGGAAAAGGUGCCCUACAGUAGUACUGACCCCAGCAUCUGGGGAGUAGUUAUACAUUUGAAAGGGUGUGACACCGAAGGCUGUGUUGUCUUUCUCCAAAAACUAAGGCCUUGUUAUCUGUAUCUCUAGGUCGGAUACAAGGUUAGUGUUGUUUCUUCAGGAGUAACAAACUUUGAAAUGGAUUAUGCUGACAAGGCACUAGCAGACAGAUGGUAUGCAGCUUCCUAUUUUUGGAUAUAGAGCUGUGGUUACUUGAACACCCGUUAGGAUACUUCAUAGGGAGGAAUUCCUAUCCUUCAAAUUAGAUGAUUUCAUUCUGGUUUUGAUGCCCCAUGCAUGACCAGAGAGAAAUGGAAACUGUAACUAGUUCAUUUUUAAUUGUUUGCAGUAAAUUGGAUGCUAACACCUAUACUUCAGCAUUAGUUCUAGUGCCCAUACUACUUCAUAAAACCCUAAAAAGCUUUUGCUUAGGUAGCCCACCUCUCCUUCAAAUGUGUGCUGCAUUAAGGUGCUUACAACCAAUUAAAUGUAUAAACUUUCCUGCAGGGGGGGAGUAUGGGACAUCAGCUAGUAAAAUAAACAUGAUUACAGAAAAUUCCUUGUUUUUCUCAGCUGCUGGUGUGAACCAGUAUUAACAAGCCUGACUGAUCCAUAUGGUGUAGCUUAUCGCUUAUUCAUGUGAACUAUUGGAAAUGCAAGCUUAAUGCCAACUGCCCUGUCAGCUCCUUUGCCUCAGCUAAAGCAGUGUUACAGGCAGCAGAAGCUUUGUAUUUACAACCAGAACUAGUGCUGCUGUUACAUACGUCUUUUCCCCAUGACUGAAGAUUCCAGCAGGUGUUACCCUUCCUUCCUUUCUGGAACAGCACCAUGUUUAAGGACAUAGAAGUGAAAGACAGGGAUUCAUAUGCUAGCCUCAGAAUCUUAGGAACCAGCACACCUUACACAACAUCCACCUUACACAAGAAACUUGACUCCAAAUCCUUUGUUACUCUGCAGAUCUUUUAUUUAGAUGUUUGCUGCUGCAAAUAAAAAACCACCACACAACAAAACUCAACUGGAAUAUAAAGCAGCAUAGAUGUUGUAAAUGGAAGAGAAGAGCUGACAACAUACUGUAUCUCACUUUCUAACAGAUUUUCAAGGAAAGGGGGAGAUUAGUGGGGAAGGAAUAGUCACAAGAAUGCUCUCAAAUAGAGAGAAUACAACUGUGAUAUAAACAAGCAGUCCCUUCAUGUUUGGAGUCUGAAACUUUAAAUCAAACAUUUAAAAAA